AUGGCAUCUUUAGCGACAAAUUUCACAGGUUUUAUCCUAUUCUUUCCCAUUGGUAUUCGUCGCUUACUCUUUUCAUCCUCUCUCUACCUCCAUAACCCAUCACACUUUCGAUCCAAGCUCUGGUAUUUCUCUGACCCAAAAUGGAAAAAUCUCGAUCUUUAUUUUCUUCUCAUAUCCUUACCCAUUGUUUCAUUCUCUGAGUUUUUCCUCUUUCUCUCAUUUUCUAAACACCCCACUUAUAGAUUCUCAUUUUUCCAACAAUCAUUCGUUGUUUUAGCUUUCUGGGUCAUGAUCAUAUUGAUAAUUGGUUUUGAAUAUUUUACCUCGUACUCAAUUUUCGUUAGUGAAAGUUUUGUUUUUGUUUUUGGUGGGGUUGUUUUUUUGUUGGAGUAUUCGGUGAUGGAUAAAGGAAUUUCAGGUGUUGCUGAUGUUGUUUAUGGAUUAUUAGGUGGAUUGAGUCUUGUGUGUGCUGUUUCAUGUUUUUAUUUGUCUGCUAAGCCUAAUGCUUUUUUUGCUGAGUUUUUGUUGUGUUGUGGAUUGGUUUUUAAAGGAACUUGGUUGUUGCAAAUUGGGGUUUCUUUGUAUACUAAUGUUUUUGGAUUGAAAGGGUGUCAGAAGAUUUCAAUUUUGAGUCCUGAGAUCGAGAAUGUGGAUGUUACGUGUGAUCUUGAUGAGGAUAAUUUGAGGGGUGUUGUUAUGAUGCAGUUAUUGUUCACUUUGCAUGCUGUUGUGGUGUUAUUCUUGGGUGUUGGAUUGUUUGGUGUGUUGGCGAGUAGCCGCAAUUUGAGAGGCAGCGAGGCGAAGGGACCUUUGCUGGCUGAAAUUGAAUCUACUGAUAUGAGGAUAUGUGAUCUUUCUGAGCUGCAGAUGGGGUGA